UCCAGUCGUGGCCUGUGACGUUUAAAGGACGGGGCGCGGAGGGAGAUACGGAAGCCGAGGAGGCCCGAGCUCUACGGCCGCUCGGAAGCGGGGAACGGGAGGCGUGAUGGUUUACAUCUCGAACGGACAAGUAUUGGACAGCCGGAGUCAGUCCCCAUGGAGGUUAUCUUUGAUAACAGAUUUUUUCUGGGGAAUAGCUGAGUUUGUAGUUUUGUUUUUCAAAACUCUGCUUCAGCAAGAUGUGAAAAAGAGAAGAGGCUAUGGAAACUCAUCUGAUUCCAGAUAUGAUGACGGAAGAGGGCCACCCGGAAACCCUCCCCGAAGAAUGGGUCGAAUCAACCAUCUGCGUGGCCCCAGUCCCCCUCCAAUGGCUGGUGGAUGAGGAAGGUAAACGUCUGCUCUAAGAAGCAGACAAC